AUGACAGCAGCGCAGCAGCAGCAACAGAAGCGCAGCAGAAGCAACAGCAGCCGCUCUAGAGUCAGCAGCAAUACCGCCAAUGCUAGCGGUACUGCAGCAGCAUCGCUAAUAGCAGCAGCAGCAGCAAGGACAGCAGCAGCAGCAGCAGCAUUAGCGGCAGAAGAAGCAACAAAAGGCUGUCGCCAGCAGCAGCAAAAGCAGCAAAGCAAAAGCAGCAUCAACAAGAGCAAAGCUAACGGCAGCCACAGCAGCAACAAGCACAGCAGCAGCAGCAACAGCAGCGCGCAACCAAACAUCACCAUCAAUAGCAACAGCAAAGCACAAGGAAGGUCAGCUGCCGCAGGAGCAGCAGCAGCAGCAGCAGCUGCUGCUGCUGCUGCUGCAGCAGCAAUGACGGCAGCAGAGAAGGUCAGCGGUAGCAGCAAAAAAGGCUAA